AAAAUAUCUCCUCCACUUUUUUACCUAUUUUUAAUCCUAAUUUAUUUACUUCCACUUCUCCUUUUGCUUCAGAUCUUUACUCAUCGCCUGUUGCAUGGAUUUCUCUGCUUAAAGUGUUCAACUGUUUGUUAGAGGAAUAGUGCAACUUUGGUUUCAAGCUUUAUCUUGUGUUGUAUUUGAUUUAUGUGUGUAAAAUACAUACUUCAGAUAUUUGAUCCAAAAGAGCAGUGUGCUUAGUUAUGGAAUCUUUGUGGAGGCUUUUAUAUUUACUUGAGCCUGCCCCUGUUACCCUGAUAGUUACAGCAGUGGCUGUGACAUUUGGAUCUGCAUUUCGUGCUCUGAAUUAUGGGAAAGAAAUGGAGCGGAACCGUGACUUGUCAGAAGCAGCAAUUACUUUAGAUAGGUCCCAAGCACUAAUGAUCCCAGUAAUGAGCUCCUGCAGCUUGCUUUUGAUGUUUUACCUUUUUUCUUCUGUCUCACAACUCCUGACUGCGUUAACAGCUAUCGCUUCUGUUUCAUCCCUUUUCUUCUGUCUAUCCCCAUAUGUUGCCAAUUUGAAAUCUCAGUUUGGUUUGGCUGACCCAUUUGUGUCUCGGUGCUGUUCAAAGUCUUUUACCAGAAUACAAGGGUUGUUAUUGUUGGCGUGCACCCUUACAGUUGCAGCUUGGCUUGUUUCAGGGCAUUGGAUAUUGAACAACUUGUUAGGUAUCUCCAUCUGUAUUGCAUUUGUCAGUCAUGUGCGCCUUCCAAACAUCAAAAUAUGUGCGAUGCUUCUUGUAUGUUUGUUUGUGUAUGACAUAUUCUGGGUUUUCUACUCUGAAAGAUUUUUCGGGGCUAAUGUCAUGGUAUCGGUGGCAACACAACAAGCAUCAAACCCUGUUCACACAGUUGCUAAUAGUUUGAGUCUUCCUGGCUUACAAUUGAUAACAAAGAAGCUAGAGUUGCCUGUAAAGAUUGUUUUUCCAAGGAAUUUAUUGGUUGGGGCAUCCCGUGGUGGGAGUACAGCAGACUUCAUGAUGCUUGGUCUUGGUGACAUGGCCAUUCCUGCCAUGCUUCUAGCAUUAGUCCUGUGUUUUGAUAAUCGAAAGAGUAGGGAAACAGUAAAUCUUUUAGAUUUACAUUCCUCGAAGGGGCACAAAUAUAUAUGGUAUGCCCUUCCUGGGUAUGCUAUUGGAUUAGUGACUGCGCUUGCAGCUGGCAUUUUGACUCACUCACCUCAACCUGCUCUUCUUUAUCUGGUACCUUCAACGCUGGGACCUGUAAUAAUCAUCUCCUGGUUAAGGAAGGAGCUAGUUGAAUUAUGGGAAGGAACCAUGCCAAAUCUCAAUGACAAGGCUAGACAAAUAGAAGUCUGAACCCUUUCUUUAUGUGGGAUGAUGCCAGACCACGUUAGGGCAUGCUGAGCCUUUUGUUUGUAUAUUCCUAUGGAUGUUUUGUUAUUGGAAGGUGGAGUAAUUUAUCAACAACAAUUCAGUGUUUUACUUUGUGGAAUCUAACUUUGCCUGUGAAAUAUUUCCCUAACGGGAGGCAGAAAAAGCAAAUUUGGCGAGCCAAGUGUCUCAACAAGUAGCAGAUUUCAACACUAAUGACUUUCUCUAAAAUGCUUUCUGGUCUUCCAUUUUCGCUUUAACAAGUAUAGCAAAUAUUAUUUAUGUAUUAUUUGCCUGGAGUAUAGUACUAAAUCAACCAACAGAUUCAAAACACAGAUGCAAGCGCCCAAUGCCCUUCUACCCUCCCUUGUGGGGAGGGCAAUUUCUAAUUAUUUUGUUCAAAAUUCGGAUUCCUAGUGUCAUGUGAAUAGUUAUUGAACAUAUUUGAUUUUUAAUUGUUUAUAUUGGGU